AUGUCGGGAAUUAAUGUUGAACAAUUUUUUCAUUCAUAUGAAACUAUCGACUCAACAGUUGAAGUCAAAGUCAAUGGACAAUGGUAUAUGGGUGAUGCCAAUUGUUCAUCGAAGAAAGAAGCAGAACAUUCAACAGCUCAUAAGGCAUGUAUUAAUCUCAUUGGAAGCAAUUCGGAAUCUGAAAGUGAUGAAUCAAAUAAACACAUGCCAGAAGUAUCCAAUGAUAUUGAACAGUUCAUAGUUAAGAUGAUCGAAAGUUAUGGUGGUCGAAUUCGAAAAGUUCGAGAACCUGAUACACGUGGAAUAUAUAGAUUAGAAAUUACUGGUGAUUAUCAUUAUUGUGAAAAUGUUAAACCGCAUCAUAAAAAAAUCAAAUAUACUUUCUUGUCGAUUUGA